UAGGGAAAUACCCUAAUAAAAAUAUAAUGUCUGGAGUAACCAAGUUUCUUCUUACAAUCCUCAUAUUCAUGUACCUCUCAGAAACCCCAUUAGCAGAACAAAGACAGCAGUGUGUUCCUUCUAGUUGUGGGCAUAUUCAUAACAUCAGUUAUCCCUUUCGAUUGAAAAGUGAUCCAAAGCACUGUGGCCUUAAAAAUUAUGAAUUGAGCUGUGAAGGAGAUAACACCAUAAUCACAAUACGGCUAAAUGAUUGGAAUGAAUCACUGAACUACUAUGUUCAAGCCAUCAAUUACGAUAACUCCACUAUCCGCCUUGUUGAUCCUGGUAUAAGAGAACAAGUUAUUUGCUCUCUUCCUCAGAAUUCGAUUACGAUUUACACUGACCUUCUUGGUUUUGAUUCUUAUAUAUAUAAAAUGCCUGAUGUUGUUGAUUUAACAGUACCAAUUUUUCUCUUCAGUUGUCCAUUUGCCAUAAAUUCUCCAGUCUUUGUGGAAAUCACUAAUUGUCUCAACAGGAGUUAUGCUUCCAAUGUUUCUUCUGAUUCAUUUAAGGGACACACAUAUGCAACCAUGGCUGAAUUAUCAACAUCCGAUUUGAAAGUCGGGUGUACUGUAGACCUCAUGUCAAUGACUUCAUGGCCUAUUCAGGAUGCAAAUACCAACAUUUCUAUUUUAAGUUUGCAUAAUGCUUUGGCAUAUGGAUUUGAGCUUUCAUGGUUUCGUGACAUUAACUGUCUCAAGUGCCCCCUUGAAUAUACCUGUGAAGUUGAAAAUUCAACUGAUGUUCGUUGUGUGGAUUUCAGCUGCAAAGCUUACAAUUUUAGAUUUUUCAAAACGCCGUGUGUUGAUCAAAAACAUGUUCUCCGUGUUCUUGCAACAAUCAUCCCUUGGAUACUUCCCAUAGCUGGGUUUAGCAUUGUGGCAAGAGUCAUUCUAUUUCCAUGCAUAGUUGUAUUUCUAAUGAUUAAGUUACGAAGAAGGCAUUUGUCGAUUUAUGAUGCAAUUGAAAGUUUCCUGCACGGUGAGAACAAUUUCGCGCCCAUUAGAUAUUCCAACUCCAACAUAAGAAAGAUGACUAGGAACUUUAAAGAGAAACUAGGCCAAGGAGGUUAUGGUUCAGUAUAUAAAGGCAAGCUUCAAAGUGGUCCUAAUGUAGCAGUGAAGAUCUUGAGCAAGCCCAAAGCUGAUGGGCAAGACUUCAUCAACGAGGUUGCCACAAUCGGGAGGAUUCAUCAUGUUAACAUAGUACAACUUAUUGGCUAUUGUGCUGAGAGAUGUAAGCGUGCUCUCGUGUAUGACUUCAUGCCUAACGGAUCACUUGAAAAGUACAUCACACCUCGAGGAGGAGGAGCUGAACUAUUAAGUUGGGAAAGAAAGUUUGAAAUUGCUCUUGGAGUUGCUCGAGGUAUUGAAUACUUGCAUCGAGGUUGUGACAUUCAGAUUCUACACUUUGACAUCAAGCCACACAACAUACUUUUGGAUGAGAAUUUCAUUCCAAAACUAUCUGAUUUUGGUCUUGCAAAAUCAUACCAGACGGAUAACAGCAUUGUUACUCUAACAGCAGCCAGGGGAACAAUUGGCUAUGUAGCUCCAGAGUUGAUCAACAGAAGCAUUGGUCCAAUAUCUUAUAAGGCAGAUGUCUAUAGCUUUGGAAUGUUACUCAUUGAUAUCGUAGGCUUGAAAACAAACUCGGCA